UAUCGGCCGGCAAACUAGGACGCCAUGGGAGACGAGGAGGCGGAGAGGCCAAGCAAGAAGGCACGCGGGUCGUCGCCGCCACCCGCCAUGGACUCCGGCGGCCUGACGGCGUUCGCACUCCGCCUGGCCAAGAAGCUCGCCGAGGGCGACGACACCAGGGAUAGCAACAUCGCCUUCUCGCCGCUGUCCCUCUACACCACGCUCGGCUUGGUAGCCGCGGGAGCACGCGGCAAAACCCUAGACGAGCUCCUCGCCUUGCUCGGCGCCGCCUCGGCCGACGAGGUGGCCAGGUUCGUGCGUGGCCUCGUCGCCGACCCGUCCGGCUCCGGCGGGCCGCUCAUCACCUAUGCCUACGGCUUGUUCCACCAGAAACACUUGAAGCUGACGCCGGCCUACCUCCACUCCGCCGCCGAGUCCUACAACGCUGAGAUACGCGCCGUCGACUUCGCCGAGGGUGAUACGGAGAAGAUCAGGCACGAGAUCAACGAUUGGGCGGCGGCCACAACGAACAAUCUCAUCACGGAGAUCCUGCCAGAGGGGUCAUUGACCGACCUCUCGAGGUUCGUGCUCACCAAUGCCAUCUACUUCAAGGGCGUGUGGGAGACCCAGUUCCCCAAGGACCUCACGGAGGACCACGAGUUCCAUCGCCUCGACGGAGCCGACCCCAUCGAAGUUCCGUUCAUGACCCUCGGGGCCGGAAAACGCAAGCUCUUCCUCUCCGAAGAAGAUGACUUCCAGGUGCUCAAGCUCCCGUACGAAGGCGAUGAGAGCCGCGGUAUGCAAUACUCAAUGUGUGUGUUUCUACCAUACGAGCGCGACGGGCUGCGCACAAUGGUAGACGCUCUGCCAGCAGCAGACGAGUCCCUGCUCGACUACAUCCCAGAUGACCGGAGUGAAGUCCGGAAGCUUCUUCUGCCCAAGUUCAAGCUGUCAUUCUUUUGCAGCCUCACCAAAGUCCUCAAAGGCUUGGGCCUCCGGGAGGCGUUCACCGAGGAGGCCGACCUGUCCGGUCUGGUGGAGAAGCGCGUCUGCGAUGUGCGCCUGGACGACGUGUUUCACAAGGCUGUGGUCGAGGUGAAUGAGGAGGGCACCGCGGCGGCGGGCUGCACCGCCGCGAGUGGGCGCGUGAAGCAGUGUGCGAGGAAGCCGAUGGAAUUCGUCGCCGAUCACCCGUUCGCGUUUUAUAUUGUGGAGGAGGUGUCCGGGGCCGUGGUCUUCGCCGGCCAUGUCCUUGACCCUUCUAGCUCACAGUAGUAAUAAUGCCAUGGAGGCUCCUCCUAGUUAGUUAUUCUGUCUCGGCCAGACAUUAAGUGAUCACUACCAAUAAAUUAAAGACCUGGAUUAUAUAU